GCGGUUUAAGCCGAAAGUUUAUUUUCCGGUAAGGAGGGCUGUGUUUUUUUUCUGUGAUACAAUGUGCCUAGAUAUGUUGAGGCACAAAAAGAAGGUGCUGCUGCUGCUACUGAUGAUGGCCACUGGCAGCAUAGUUUACUACCUAUAUACGCUGAAAUUGGAGCGGGAGCGUGAUGCAAACAUAUCUUCGACGACUUCGCGUCUGGAGCGUGAAAUAAGCGAGCUACAGGCGGUUUUUGAGUCGGAGGUUAUUCCGGAUCUGGGCGCCUUGGGCCGUCCGGCGAGGGGCAAUUGGAGCGAUGCGGAACUGGAGGCCAUCGGAAGAAGUCAGCGGGAAACAGGUUACAACGCUUGGCUCUCGAAGCGCAUCUCAGCAGAGCGAACGCUCUACGACAUGCGACAUCGCAGCUGCAAAAAGCUCGAGUACUCGCUGGAAAAGCUUCCCUCGGUCAGUGUGGUGAUAACGUAUCACAAUGAGGACGCCAGCGUGCUGCUGCGAACGCUGAGCAGCCUAAGAAACCGGACUCCGGUCCUGCUGCUCCGGGAGAUAAUCCUGGUGGACGAUGGCAGCAGUUCGGUGGACCAGAAGCUCAACGACUUCCUUCAGAUCAAGUUCCUCAAUAUGGUGAGGCAACACAGAAUUGCCACCCAGGUGGGUCUGAUGCAGGCGCGAGUCGUGGGCGCUGAACUUGCCCUGGCCGACGUCCUGGUCUUCCUGGACUCCCACGUAGAGGUCACCAAGGGCUGGCUGGAGCCACUCCUUGAGCCCAUUUUGAAGAACAACAGAACCUGCACCACUCCCAUUAUUGACACCAUUGAUUACGAGAACUUCGGCUACCGAAGGGGCAAGCCAUCCAGGGGCUUCUUCAAUUGGCAAUUUAACUACAUACAGCUGCCACUCCUCAAGGAGGAGGCGGUGGCCAUGCCGGCUCCCCAUAAGAAUCCCAUUAUGAAUGGCGGCCUCUUUGCCAUCGGACGUCAGUGGUUCUCCGAACUGGGUGGCUAUGACAAGGGCCUAAAGAUCUGGGGCGGCGAACAGUUCGAGCUGAGCCUUAAGCUGUGGUUGUGCGGAGGACAGAUACUGGAAGUCCCCUGCUCCAGGGUAGGUCACCUGUACAGAGAUGGCAAGUUCCAGGUUCGCUAUACCGAUAAGGAAAAAACUAAAGAGAGUAGAAUGAUUUCAAGGAACUACCGUCGAGUGGCCGAAGUGUGGUUGGAUGAAUUCAAGGACAAGGUGUUUGCCAACAUGCCACAUUUAACGGUGAUUCCAGUUGGGAAUCUCGCCGAACAGCGAGAGCUUAAGAAGCGUCUUCACUGCAAGCCCUUCAGCUGGUUUUUACAGAAUCUGGCGUCGGAUUUCCUCAAUUUAUAUCCCAUAUUGGACCCCGCAGAGUACGCAUCUGGAGUCUUACAGAGCUUGUCAUCGCCGAAACUCUGUUUGGAUCUCAACGAAAGUCGAAAUGACCGUCCCAAGUUAAGUCCUUGUAGUUCGGAUCACAUAUUCCCGAAACCAGAGCAGCACUGGACCCUGUCCAACCAUCGGGAGUUGCGUUCCGGAACCUAUUGUUUGGAAGUCCGGAACCAAGGAAAGGAUGUUUAUAAAUUUCACUGCCAUGGUCAGAGUGGGAACCAGUUUUGGUCCUUCGACUCCAAGACCCGCCAGGUGAUCUCUGGCCAGAUGUUGGACUUCAGGCAUUGUCUGGAGGCUCAGCCGAAAAAGAACUUGGUUACCUCGAGUGUUUGCGACCCGAAGAACAACAAUCAGCAAUGGAAAUUUGGAUAUCAAAAUAGCCAAAGAUUGCGGCACUUUUGGGACAAUAUCAAAACGCAAUAAAAGUUACUAGGCGAAAGAAAAAUGUGCUUCAAAUCAAUCUUGCCAUCUUCUCUUUAGUUUAUGUUUAACAAAAAAAAUAUUAUAUCUUUAAGUAUACGUUUUGUUCUAUAGGAAAGUGCAGAUAGCUUUUAUUUAAAUAAUUUAUGUUUAUGAUAAAUUGAGAAAUAAACUAAGGCUUAUGACAGUUGUUUAUUUCGUA